AUGGUAAGUUAAAACAAUAUGAUCGUAUGUUUAGACUAUUGGAAAGAACAAUAAGAUGAUGGCCCAUUUGGGUUGGCGGAUGAAGGUAAUCGUUCAGGACAGUAGAACUUUCGUUGGCUAUUUUAAAGGUAAUUCUUGUUUCAAGUGCGAAUCUAAUUAAUAUUCUUUUAGCGUUUGACAAACACAUGAAUGUGAUUCUUUCCGAUUGCGAGGAGAUCAGAAAAAUUAAGCCAAAACCUGGAAAGAAACUUGUAAACGAGGAAGAAAAGCGCACUCUUGGACUGGUCUUGUUGCGUGGGGAUAAGAUCAUUUCAAUUAGUGUGGAUGGACCUGCCCAGAAGGACGAUGAUUCGCGAGUUCCUAAGGCCGGUGGAAGUGGCGGACCAGGCCAAGCCAAACCAGCCACCCGAAGCGUUCCACAACUGCCCACUGGUGCCCCAGCGGGCCUGCAGGGACCUCUUGGAGGUCAUGGAAUUCCAGGGAUGCAACCUCCAUACGGUGUUCCUCCGAUGGGACAGCCACCUCGUCCUUUUUAA